CCCGCCCUCUUGGCCCCUUUCGGCCUGGCCAUGGGGCUCCAGCACCUUCAGCUCAGCCGGGGGGUCGACACCCUCGUCUAGCCGACCUGGGUGGGAAGGCGCUGUCGCCGGCUGUGCACGCGCUGGGCGAGCAGCGCCCCUUCUGGCCGCGUCCGGCCCCGCCAUGGACCACCAGGAGCCCUACUCCGUGCAGGCCACUGCGGCCAUCGCGGCGGUCAUCACCUUCCUCAUCCUCUUCACCAUCUUCGGCAACGCGCUGGUCAUCUUGGCUGUGCUGACAAGCCGCUCGCUGCGAGCCCCGCAGAACCUGUUCCUAGUGUCGCUGGCCGCCGCCGACAUCCUGGUGGCCACGCUCAUCAUCCCUUUCUCCCUGGCCAACGAGCUGCUGGGCUACUGGUAUUUCUGGCGCACCUGGUGCGAGGUGUACCUGGCGCUCGACGUGCUCUUCUGCACCUCCUCCAUCGUACACCUGUGUGCCAUCAGCCUGGACCGCUACUGGGCCGUGAGCCGCGCGCUGGAGUACAACUCCAAGCGCACCCCGCGCCGCAUCAAAUGCAUCAUCCUCACCGUGUGGCUCAUCGCGGCUGUCAUCUCGCUGCCGCCCCUCAUCUACAAGGGCGACCCGGCUCCCCAGCCCCGAGGGCGCCCUCAGUGCAAGCUCAACCAAGAGGCCUGGUACAUCCUGGCCUCCAGCAUUGGAUCUUUCUUUGCACCCUGCCUUAUCAUGAUCCUUGUCUACCUGCGGAUCUAUCUGAUCGCCAAGCGCAGCCACUGCAGAGGUCCCAGGGCCAAGGGGGGCCCUGGGGAGGGUGGGUCUAAGCAGCGCCACCCUGUCCCUGGGGAAGUUUCAGCCUCAGCCAGAUUGCCAACUCUGGCCUCUCAACUGGCUACUGCUGGAGAGGCCAAUGGAUGCUCCCAGCCCACUGGGGAGAAGGACGAGGGGGAGACCCCUGAAGACCCUGGGACCCCCGCCUUGCCAUCCAGCUGGCCUGCCCGCCCCAGCUCAGGCCAGGGUCAGAAGGAAGGUGUUUGUGGGACAUCUCCAGAAGAGGAGGGGGCUGAAGAGGAGGAGGGGGUGUGUGAGCCGAAGGCCUCGGCAGCGUCUCCCGCCUCAGCUUGCAGCCCAUCCCUGCAGCAACCACAGGGUUCCCGGCUGCUGGCAACCCUACGUGGCCAGGUGCUCCUGGGCAGGGGCAAGGGCACUGCGGGAGGCCAGUGGUGGCGGCGGCGGACGCAGCUGACCCGGGAGAAGCGGUUCACGUUCGUGCUGGCCGUGGUCAUCGGCGUCUUCGUGCUCUGCUGGUUCCCCUUCUUCUUCAGCUACAGCCUGGGUGCCAUCUGCCCUCAACACUGCAAGGUGCCCCACGGCCUCUUCCAGUUCUUCUUCUGGAUUGGCUACUGCAACAGCUCGCUGAACCCUGUCAUCUACACCAUCUUCAACCAGGACUUUCGCCGUGCCUUCCGAAGGAUCCUUUGCCGCAAGUGGACCCAGACGGCCUGGUGAGCCCGCCUGCCCGCUGCCCAUGUGGGGUUGGUGCCAGGUGGUGCCAGGGCCACCCUGCUUCUUGCCCCAUUGUAUGUGGCCACCUCCCUAGGGCUUUCUGGUCCCUUCCCUGGUCCUGCAGGCCUCAUCCCGGGAACCCCCUCAGAGGGGCAGGGUCUAUUUGAAGCCUCCCCUUGUUGGCUUGGCCGUGGGGGGCCAUCUUCUCCACCCCCUGCCUCUGCACAGGCAGAUGGAUGAGGCUUGGACCUUCCUGAAUGUAGCCGUGGCCAGGCUCCCUCGCAGAACCCCAGACCCCUGCAAACCUUGAGGACCCUGUGUCUUCUGGUUGAUCACCUGCUUGUGGCGUUUUGUAUCUUUCUCAUCUUCCCCUUGAAAAGAGCAGGAAGCCAGCCUUCCGCUUCUUCCAGGAGGGCCUGCGGCUGAGGAAGAGGCAGAAACGAUGAUGGGCAUCCGUGCUGUGUGCCCGUGGUCCCCAUUAGACCCUGGGUGGGGGCUUAUGGGCUGGCACCAUCUUUGGGCCCUUCUUCUCCUUCCCCCUGCUUUUGGAGUUGUAACUCCAGAACUGUGGAUCAUUUUCCUCACCCGGCGCCCCUCUGCGAGGCUGGUGGGUGCGUGGAUGCCUCCUGCGGGGUGGUCUGGGGGUCUGGCCUCUGCCUCCACGGGAGAGCCCUGAUCACUAGCUUUCACCACCUGCAAAACCCAGGGCAACAAUAGCUUGCCGCCUACUUGCUGCAGGGAGAUGAAAGGCUUCGCAGAAAGUUUUGAGCUCCGUGGGGGAACGCACUAGAGAACCAGAAAAUGUGAUUAUUCGGUGAUAUAAAAAUCCCCCUUUUCUGGGUUUACCACUGCCUGUCUUUCUAUAGACUUUUGCUCUGUGCCUGGGGUGUAAAUUCCUACCCCAAACUGGAAGUGGGGAGUCGCAGACAGAACCACGACUUCAGUUAAAGGAUUUAUUUGAGAAUGUGUUCUUAUGCCUGCAAAGGUUGGAGUUAUUACGCUGCAUGACAACUUCUCGACAUUUCACCUGCAACACCAAGAGGGUUUUCAUUGGCUUGGACCCCCCCAAUGGGGGAGAAGUCUUUUGUCAUCAAGCAGGCACAUUGUUUCCCCAGGAUCGCUAAAAAUACCCACCGCAUGGGAAUGGUCUGAGAUGAGAGCAUGUGGUGGGGUGCUGGGGCUAGAGCAGGU